AUGGGGACCCCCCGGGCCCCCCCCAGCCGGGCGGUGCCGGUACCGGGGGGGUCUCGGUGUUUCCGCCCCGGGAGCGUUCCCGGUUCGUACCGGCGUGGGGGCUGGGGGAAUUGCGACAUUCCCGGCCGCUUUCCUGCGAAACUGGGCAGGAACUGGGCAGGGCCGGAGGUGCCCGGACGGGAUUUUCCGGCUCCCGGGCCGUGCCCGGUGACCGUGCCCGGGGCUCUCGGUGACCUCCCGGUGCCUCAGCCCCGAUUUCCCUCGGCAGCCGCGCUGGGCACGGCCCAGGUGACGUCGGAGGACAAGGAAGUGCCGGAGCACAAACCCGUGGACAUUCCCUGCGCCGCGUUCCGCUCCAGCGGGAGCAACCCCCGGAUCGAGUGGAAGUUCCAGAAGGGCUCGUCCCUGGUGCUCAUCUUCUACGAGGGGAAGCUCACAGAGUCGUACCAGGACCGUGUCCAGUUCUCCCGCACGUCGAUCCGGUUCCAGUCGGUGACGCGGGAGGACAGCGGGAAGUACAUCUGCGAGGUGGUGGGGGAUGGCAACCACAUCACCAAGUCCGAGGUCAACCUCAUCGUCCAAGUGCCCCCCGGGAAGCCGGUCGCGCACGUUCCCAGCUCAGCCACGGUUGGUUCCCGGGCCGUGCUGCGCUGCUCCGAGGCCCAGGGCUCGCCCCCUCCCACCUUCCGCUGGUACAAGGACGGCACCGAGCUGCCCCCGGACCCCAAAUCCAGCCCCGCCUUCCGCAACUCCUCCUACAGCCUGGACCCGCGCAGCGGGGAGCUGGUUUUUGAGCCGGUGGGGGGCUGGGACACGGGCGAUUAUCACUGCGAGGCCUCCAACAACGUGGGGACCCCCCAGAAAUCCGACGUGUUCCGCAUGGAAGCCAGCGAGGUGAACGUGGGCGGGAUCGUGGCCGCCGUGGUGCUGCUGCUCCUGGUCCUGGCGCUCGCCGGCUUCGGGAUCUGGUUCGCCCACAGGCGCGGCUACUUCGGCAAAAAAGCAGAUGCCGGCGGGAAGAAGGUGAUUUACAGCCAGCCCUCACGGCGCAGCGAGGGCGAGUUCAAGCAAACCUCCUCGUUCCUGGUGUGACGUGGCGCUCCCUGCGCCCCCCGGACACUUUUUCCCGAUUCCCGGAAUUCCGGCGGGAUUUUCUCUGCGGUUUUUGUAAAGCCUCACCCGGUGCCUUCGCUGCCACCGCUGCCUCUGGAACUUGGGGGGUCCCCGUGUCCCCACUUCUUCACCCCCUGCUUUUGUCCCCUCUUUGUGCCCCCCUUUGUCACCUCUUGUCCCCCCCCAUUGUCCCCUUCCUUUGUCCUCCAUCGUCCUCCCUUGUCCUCCAUUGUUGUCCCCCCUUCCUUGUC